UUGAUUGCCAUUACUCAAAUCCUAUUUCGCGUUGAUCGCAUCAACAUCAAGAUUUUCGGCACAUCCACCACCCCGCCAUCCGCAAUCGGGCUCGUGGUUGUUUCUACAUAUAAUAAUACCCAGUCUGCGGGCGCAAAUUCUACUCCAGGGCCUUUUGCGGCUGUCUCGUGGCUGGCUCGCCCGUUGCAGUCUUUAGCGGGGGAGGGGUGCACUACAACCCCAUCAGCGCAACACGGCGUUCAAUAGCGGUUGGCCGUUUGACCGCGCCCACUUGCACACACCGUGACGCUUCCAGACUGGCUCGCCAGUCAUUAUGCCGGCAUGGCCCACGUGGUUCGCGAGCUAGAUCUAAAUGCCUAUUGCCGCCAUGAUACCAUAAUACAACGGGUGAGCGCAGUGCCUGGUCUGAAGACUAGUACUGCUUUCUUCAUCUUCUUGAGAGCCAACCUUGUCGCCAGCUCCUCUGGACUGUCAUCACCCAUGAUGGAUCCCAUUAUGGACCCGAUCUCCUCGACCACCUCGUCAUCACCACCAUCUUCACCCCUCGCAGUGGCUGACCCUUCCAUAAAAACUAUACCCGACGACAUACCUCCAUUGACGACGGGCAUCCUAGAGGUCCAAUCCCAAAAAGAGGAUGCCAUGCGCCUUAUUGCCGACUCCAUCGCGCAGCAACGCCAAACAUCAUCUUAUUAUCUAAUAUUUCAUCCCUUUCUUCUUCCGCCUUUGAUAGCGGUCUUGGCGGGCACGUACCGAUAUUCGUGGACGUACCGAGAGGAUUUCGGAACCUCACUAAUAACAGUAUGCGGUGUAAUCAUGACCUACCUUCUGGGAAUCCGGUACUGUACGGGAGGAUACAUCCAAGCGGCAGAAGAGCUCCGCUGGUCGUGGCUAAGCCCCUCCUCGUCUCCAGACCCGUCACCAUCGGAGCAGGACCUUAUCCUAGGCGUGCGCUUUGGCGAGCAGUUAAUCGGAGCUCUAGUUUUGCGUCUCGAGCCAUCGCCGUCGUCGACGCAUACAUCGGGCGGGGGCGGCAGACGCCGCUCUCGGACUUCGCUGCUUCGCGGAGGCCGCGGUGUUAUUCGCGCCUGGACGGUCAAACUGAAAUAUCGCGGCCAGGGUGUCGCUAGAGACCUAUUGCACGAAGCCGUGCGACUCACCCGCGAACGCUGCGGUCGUGAUGCUGAGGUCGGGUUUGCCGCCGAGCACGCGAACAGCAAAAUGAUUCUGCCGGAAGCGUUCAACACGCCGUUCAGGCGUAGCGAGCGCAAGGCUGCUAAAAGUCUCGAAAAAGUUUUAGCGGACUGGGAAGGCGCGAGGAGGAGGAGGAAGUUGUGAACUCGUGAAACCCAAGAACAAAAGCAAGAACAAACUAGCUCGAAAGGUACAGCAACAGUUCAGCACUUGUUGUUCAAAAAUCAAUCGAUGGUAAGGUGAGGCCUUAACGAUAAGACCAGUAUCAG